AAAAAAUCCAAGUUUGGAGGGUGUAUGAGAUGAAAAAGUACGGAACCAAGAUCAUGCUGUAAGCUCAACAAGUCAUUAGCUCAAGGCAUUUUUCCCAAAUUCAACUGGCGAUUUGCUUCGGAAGGACACAUGGAGUCGUCAGAGAUGUCGGAAGUCCUACUCUCCGAUGGCGGUUUCCAAAUCCAGCAAAUCGAACAUCUUAAGUACGCUCACGCUGGCCCUGAAGGACGCGGCGAUGCCGAGGAUCACAAUGAGGAACCUCUAACGGCGUCGUUUCGCAAGAACGACGUGCUGAAAGCCCUGAAAGUCAUGGAGAGGGACUCAAUGGCCAUUGCUCAGAGCUUCACUGGUCUCUUCGCCUCCCUUCGAACUACCCUCUCGGAGGUUACAAGCAAUUCAGUUGAUCAUAUGAGUUGUUUCAGUGAAGCAGCUGGUCGUCUUCAAGAAUGUGCUCUUGAUGCAGCAACCAAGGGGAACCACUAUAUUAAUUCUAGCCUCAGGUAGUUCCCUCCUUGACAUAAAUUCCAAUGGUAAAGAUAUUGAGAAAGGGUUAAACGAGGAAAUGAAAGGCAUUGAGAAUCUUGCCUCACAGCUCAAAACCCUUCGCAGAAAUGUAGAUGCCCUAGACACGGCUGUGAACAGGCUCACUCGUUUCCCAUGAUUCUAUUUGGUUUUGCAGUAUUACCACAAGUCCACAACUGUCUUAUUUUGCAUGUCUUGUUUAACAUUUAUUGGUGAAAUGAACUCAAAUUUCAUCUAUUCGUUUUCUGUAUAUUUUAGAAAUACUGUUUUUUUAAUUUUAUUAGCAUGUAUUCCUUUGCCCUGGUUUGAAAGUCUUAGGAUAUGAUUGAUACAAUUAGUUGAAAAGACACUUAUGAAUUCUUUAGUAAUCGUUAACUUUUAAUGAUCGAAAAGAUUUUAAAAAAUAAAA